GUAUAAAAAAUGUAUACCAUGGCCCACAGAUGUGCACAACUGCAAGGAAAAGAUCUCCUUUUGUACUGCUGUGAAGAUUGAAUUGGGUGUAGCUGCAUAAGAUUUGCACAAGGCCUGCACAAGAUUCCAUUCCUUGCAUGGACCCCUACCACUAGGUGUCCUCAAAUCCUUAUAAAUCCUCAUUGAGCACAACUCUGUAUUGUGAAAAAUUGUCAAAGACAUUAGAAAUAGAUAACAGGUGUUGCAGAAGCUUUCUGUAGUACAGCAUCAAACACAAUAUACUUUGCAUGGUAUAGAAGACCCCUUUAUUCAGAAUAAAAGGGUGAAAACAGAUUGCACAAGCAAACUAAUAUCCCUUGCAGCCUGCAGGUAUAUUUAAAAGUAUUUAUGUAGCCAGAUGAGGUACUAGUUUUUUCCAACAUGUCACUUAUUUGCUAGUUGUCACAUUGAAGAGAAACCAUGUAUCAAGGAAGGAGUAUGCAGCCUUCCACAAGAAUGUCAGUUCCUCCUGAAAGGCAUUUGUUCCUGCAAGGUGGGAAUGGCCAUGGAGAUUCAGGACUUGUCCUUUCAACUGAUGCAAAACCAAGAUUGAAGUGGACGACAGACCUGCACGAGCGGUUUAUAGAAGCAGUUAAUCAACUUGGUGGAGCAGACAAAGCCACUCCAAAGUCAGUUUUGAAGCUAAUGGGAAUUCAAGGAUUAACCUUAUAUCAUUUAAAGAGUCAUCUUCAGAAAUACCGACUCAGUAAGAAUCUUCACCAACAAGCCAAUAGUGGAUCCAAUAAAACAACAUCAGGAGGCUCAAGAGCAGACACGAUAUAUGAUGCGAAUGAAAAUUGUAAGAAUAAUGUGAGCACUGGGCAUCAAACAAAUAAAAGCAUACAUAUAAGUGAAGCAAUACAAAUGCAAAUUGAAGUUCAACGGAGGCUACACGAACAGCUUGAGGUUCAGAGACAUUUACAGCUUAGAAUAGAGUCACAAGGAAAAUACUUACAGGCUGUGCUGGAAAAAGCGCAAGAAACCCUCGGGAGACAAAACUUGGAAACAAUGGGACUAGAUGCAUCCAGGGUUCAGCUUUCAGAGCUAGUAUCUACAACAUCCCACCAAUGCCUAAACUUGGCAUUUCCAGAGGAGAAGGAACUACCAGGAGUCAGUCCACGACAAGCAAGAGCUCCCCAACCCACAGAUUGCUCACUAGAUAGCUGUCUAACCUCCUGCGAAGGAUCUUCAAGGGAGCAUGAACUGCACAAUAGCCAGCUGGGAUUGGGAUUUCUAAACCUCAGAGCAUAUAUGGAUUCCAAGGACAUGGAAAACGAAACAAGGAGACGGCAAACUGAACAGAGAUGGAGCGGCAACCCGAAGGAGAACGCCGUGUUCCUUCCCGCAAAGAAUGAAGCACUUAACACCAAGUGCAGUAGCUUAACAAUGAGCAUCGGACUUCAAGGAGGAAGACAGAAUGACAAGAGCAGCUGCGAAUACACUGGGACUAUGGAUUCAGAUCACAAACUAAAUUUUAGAUCAGCAGAAGCAGAGAAGAUGCCACAAAACUAUAAAUUGCACAAUUUAGGGCCAAAUCUUGAUCUGAACACAGGCGAGGAAAUCGAUCUGGCUUCGACCUGCAAGCAAUUCGAUCUCAAUGGCUUCGGUUGGAGCUGAAUGGCAGUGUUUCGUCGACAGCUAGAGCGAAUGAAUUUGAAAUUUCUGUCGCAAGUAGGAGAAAACCAUAACGUUCUCGUUUGAGAAAUCGAUAUUCAAUAAUGUAAUACUCUGUAAUGUAUUUCAAGACUAUAAACAUCUGACAUAGUCGAAAUGCUGUUCGAAAAUUCUCCAAGCUUUUCAGUUUUAGCUUCUCGACCAGCAUAUUUACAUCCUUCCCGAUUUAGGGUUAUGCUUGAUUGACGUUUAUAUUGGGAUUAAAAUAGCAUUUUCCCC